UGCUAUAGAAUAAGGAUGAUUUGAACCCAUAGGCAGCAAACAAAUAUGUUGAUUUCUGUAUUUGAGGAAAACAAAUCCAGUCGAAACUUUGUCCAGACGACAACCGUAGAAAGCUAAGGAUAAAUUGCAGUUUGUUCUUCCUGUCCAGUUUAUUUGCAGAUUUGCACAUUUUUACAGAUGCCUAUAAAUAACAAACUGGAGAGUUGUUUGCGAGAGAUUGAAUGCAAAAAGAGUAAGCUAUUUGGAUUUUGUCUUUCUCCUUGCUCUAGGCACUGCAGUUUUACUUGUAUUGCGCAUGCAAUGCCAUUGUGGAACAGAUGUCUAAUUUCUCGCAUGUUCGAUGUAUAAUAAAAAAGUUCAUGGAAACCUAACAAGUAUUUUUCCUUAGAUUCCAAUACCAAAUCAUGGCUUAAUUCAAAAAUAAAGUCAAAUGUUAAUACUGCAAUUUCCUUUCCUCUCCACUUUAUUCAAAUUCAAAUACAAUUCUUUCAAGAUCAAUAGAAUGGCCAUCCUUUUUCACAUUCAAAUUCAACACCAAUCCAAUACAAAUGAAAAUGCUCAUUUUACUUCAAGCACAGAUGACUUUGUUCAUUUACUACAUAUCUGUACAAACCCUAAAAUGCUUAAACAAGUGCAUGCCCGCAUGCUCAUAACAGGCCUUGAACAAGAUAUAUUUCUAGGUGCCAAACUCCUUAACAUGUAUGCCAAAUAUGACAGUAUAAAAAAUGCUGGACUAGUUUUCUAUCAAAUAGAAUAUCCAGAUGUUUACUUGUGCAAUUUAAUGAUCAAGGUUUAUACCCAAAAUGGUCUCUGGAAAGAAAUCUUAAGCCUUUAUAAAAAAAUGCAGUCGGUAGGCAUAAAACCGGACAAUUUUACCUUUCCCUUUGUACUAAAGGCGUGCGCAAGUCUAUCCGCUCUCCAAGAGGGAAGAGAGGUUCAUGAUGACAUUGUUGAAUCUGAUUUUGAGUCCCAUGUUGUUGUGGGGACUGCACUGAUAAAUAUGUAUGCAAAAUGUGGAAGCCUACAGGAUGCACGCGAAGUGUUUGACAAAAUGUUUGUGAGAGAUGUGUUUUCAUGGAGUGCUAUAAUUGCAGGAUAUGCACAAAAUGGAUAUGCCAAGGAAGCAUUGAUGCUCUUUGAGGAAAUGCAGGCGGUAGAAGGCAUGUCGCCAGAUUCGGUUGUUAUGGUGAGCGUGUUGCAGGCAUGUGGCGAUGUGGGGGACCUGCAACAGGGGAUGUUAGCUCAUGAUUAUGUUGUUAGACAUGGGUUUGAAUUGGAUGUUGAAGUAGGGAAUUCGCUGAUUGCAAUGUAUGCCAAAUGUAGGAGAAUGGAAUCUUCACUACAAGUGUUUAAGAGUGUGCCUCAAAAAAGUGUGGUUUCAUGGACUGCAAUGAUUGCUGGGUAUGGAUGGAAUCUACAGGGAAUUGAGGCUUUGGAAAUCUAUAAUCAAAUGAGACUUUCAGGCGUGAAACCCAAUUCAAUGACAAUGACUUCUAUGUUGUCAGUGUGUGCUGAAUUGAGGUUAUUGCAACUUGGAAAGUUAAUUCAUGAUUAUGUUGUAGGACACGGACUUGUGUCAAAUGAGUUUGUGGCCAAUUCCCUCAUUGACAUGUAUGCCAAAUGUCUAAGUCUAAAGGAUGCACGUCUUGUGUUUGACAAAAUACCUCAGAGAAGCCUUGUGUCAUGGAAUACCAUUAUCGCAGGAUAUGUCCAAAAUGGACAUCCGACACAAGCUUUGGUUAUGUUUAAUGAGAUGCAGCUAGCAGGCAUGAUGCCAGACUCGUUCACCAUAGUGAGUGUGCUGUCUGCAUGUGCACAUGUGGUAGAUUUGCAACAAGGCAAGUCGAUCCAUGACUUCAUAAUAAGAACUGGUCUAGAGUCGAACGUAUUUGUAGCUAAUUCUCUGAUAGAUAUGUAUGCCAAGUGUAAGAAUCAAGACAUUGCACGCAAAAUGUUUGACAGAAUGUGUACCAGAGAUGUGGUCUCAUGGAAUGCGAUGAUUUCUGGAUAUGCCCAGAAUGGCUAUGCUAACGAGGCAUUAGAACUCUUUGCUGAAAUGCAACUGGGAGAUGUGAAACCUGAUGCGGAGACAAUGGUAAGUUUGCUCUUGGCAUGUUCUAAUUUAGGAGCUUUGCAGCAGGGCAUGUGGAUUCAUACUUAUGUGAUUAGAAGAGGUCUAGAGUUUGAUGUUUUUGUUGAGAGAGCCCUUAUAGACAUGUAUGCCAAGUGUGGGAAUGUAGACGUUUCUAGGCAGUUGUUUGACAACAUUUCUAAGAAGACUGCAGUUGCAUAUAGUGCAAUGAUUGCAGGGUAUGGCAUGCAUGGGCGUGGUGAAGAUGCCCUUGUUCUUUUUUCUCAGAUGCAACAAAAAGGCUUGAAGCCAAAUGGGAUCACUUUCAUUUCUGUUCUGUCAGCUUGUAGUCAUUCAGGACUGGUGGAUGAGGGUUGGCGGCAAUUCAAUUGCAUGAGUAAGGAUUACAACAUCUCACCAAUGCUGCAGCAUUGUGCCUGCAUGGUUGACCUUCUUGGGCGUGCUGGACGUAUAUACGAGGCACAUGACUUCAUUCAAAAGAUGCCAGUAACCCCUAACGCUGAUGUGUGGGGAACAUUGCUUGGCGCAUGCAAAAUUCACUGCAAUACUGUGGUAGGAGAGCAUGUUGCCGAGAUUCUCUUAGACUUGGAACCUAAAAAUGCUGGAUAUUAUGUACUGCUGUCAAAUCUAUAUGCUGCAAAUGGCAGAUGGGAUGAAGUAGCAAAGGUGAGAACAAAGAUGAAAGACAGGGGACUGAAAAAGACAUCAGGAUGGAGUUCUAUUCAGAUCAGCAAUAGGUUCCAUUCAUUCCAUUCAGGAGAUAAAUCACAUCCUGAAUCUAUAAAAAUCUAUGCAAUGUUGGAUACUUUGACUAGGCAGAUGAAAGAUGCUGGGUAUAUGCCCAAUACUAACCUUUUGCUGCAUGAUAUAGAAUAACUGAAGAAGAAAAAUAUGGCCGACAGUUAUACUAAAAUGGAUUUCAAUCUUAUUUCUGAAGGAUCCAGCCCAUCUAUAAUGUUAUAACUGCAGGAAAACUUUAUCGAUCUAAGAGUUUACGAGAUCUUUUGAAGAGUGUAUGAUUCUUCCCGGCAGAUUACGCUGAAUGCAAAGAGAGAUAGUGGAAUGUUAUGUCUAAAUGCAGUCUCUUCAAUUUUGGACUUUCCAUACCUCCGCCUUAUUACCGGAAACCUCGUCAAAUGAAGGUAGUCUGGUAAACAAAUGGGUUUGAAAGUAUGCAAUGCCUGCAAAGUUGAUGUUGCAACCAGGAGUCAACAAUUUUCCAUAAAUACAUGUAAUUGUCCUCACUGCAUUCAAUGCAGCUGAACUGACAUCGUUGGCCCUAUCCGUGCCCUUGCAUAUUUAAUCCAUUAAGAUAUUUUUUCCCGAUCUGCUGUCAUAAGAACUUCCGCCAAUGGUUCUGAGAGUUGGAAUGGCGAAAUCCCUAGCUGCCCAUCAAAGGAGGCCAUUGGAGUGGGAGAAACUACAAGAAGGAAGAACUUAUCGUUGCCAUGCUAUCAGUAUAUUAUCAUUGCAGUUCUUCGAUAACGAAUUUUUACAGAAAGACAUGCCGCAAGUGUCGCUGCUUCUGAAAUCCUCCAGAUAGAGGAGGUUUUCAAUCUCUGGUUGGAAAUUUUGAGGCUGUCUGCUCUAUGUUAACUGAAAAUUAGCAUCUUUUGGUACAUUGCUUUCUCAAUAGAUCUGUAUAACUUAUGUUGCCUCUGAUCUAUAACUUAAAUAUAUGAAAUUAGCAUAAU